AUGGGUUGGCUCAACCACCUCGCCAUAGCAGGGCUCCUCGGCGCCGCCAGCGCCGUCAGCAAACACAAGCUGCACGACUUCGACUGGGACACCAUCACGCCCACUCACAAGCUCUCUUACCACCCCUGCUACUCCGAGUAUAACUGCACGCGCCUCAUCGUGCCCCUCGACUGGCUCGACGCAUCCAACCCUUAUAAUGUCACCCUCGCCAUCAUCAAACGUCCCGCCAAAGUGCCCGACGCGGACCCGGCGUUCGGUGGCACCAUCUUCACGAACCCGGGCGGGCCCGGCGGCUCCGGCGUCGAGCUCAUGCUCUCAGAAGGCUACGCCCACCAGGAGACCGCCGACUCCGACCGCAGGAAGUACGAGAUCCUCAGCUGGGACCCCCGCGGCGUGCAGUUCACCACCCCGCGGCCAGAUUGUUAUGGCGAGGACAGCCUGGCGCGCGGCACCGAUAUGAUUCAGAGGCUGGCCGUGGGACCGAUGAGUGCUGGUCCGGAUGCGUUGAGGAGGCAGUGGGCUAGGGUCCAGGGGUAUGGGAAGCUUUGCUCGCAGAGCGCGGUGAACGGGUCGAUUAUCCCGUUUGCGACGACGGCGUCGACUGUUCGGGACAUGGUUCAUAUUCUGGAUAAGAUCCAGGAGCUGCGUGAGGAAGAGGCUGCCGCCGCCCGGGGUGGCGGAGAUGGUGAUGCGCAGAAGCCGUUGCAGGCUCGUCAGGACAAGGGACCAUUGCGGCUGCAGUACUUUGGCUUUUCGUAUGGCAGUCUUCUUGGCAACACUUUUGCGUCGAUGUAUCCCGGUCGCGUCGGCAGAGUCAUCGUUGAUGGCAUAGUCGAUGCCGAUGACUACGUCGAAGGGGGCUGGAGGACAAACCUUCAAGACACCGAGGAACUCCUCGAACAAUUUUACAAGACCUGCUUCACCGCAGAAUCAAAGUGCGCCCUCUACCGCCACUCAGACACGAAAUGGGAGGACAUCCGAUGGCGAGUAUCAGACCUCGUCAAGCGCCUCGACGACGAGCCCAUCUCCGUGCUCGACGGCAAGCUAACCCACAUCCUCACGGGCUACGACGUUGUCGACGCCUUCAAGAGACCCCUCUACGAUCCCUACCGCAAGUUCGUCCCCCUCGCAGAAAAACUCAGCGCGGCCGUGGACGGCAACUACACCCUCCUCCUCAACGACGCCGUCGCGUCCAUCCCCGAGCUCGACCAGGCCUGCGCCGCGCCCAACGGCACCACACUGCCCUCCACCUUCGGCGACGGCGGCCAGAGCAUCCUGUGCGGCGACGCCGAGGACCACACGAACUUGACGCUGGCGGCGUUCUCCGCUUACGUUGCGGAACUGGUCGGCCAGUCGCCCACGUUCGCGGGGUACUGGUCGCAGAUCCGCGUCGCCUGCUCGGCGUGGGAUGUCCGGCCGAAGUGGCGGUACACGGGCCCGUUCAGCACGCCGCCGCACGAUCCGGCGGUGGUGGAGGGGAAGCCGGCGGCGCCGCUUCUGUUUCUCUCAUCGAGGCUGGAUCCCGUGACGCCGUUGACGAAUGCGUACAAGAUGAGCGCGCGGCAUCCCGGGUCGACGGUGGUGGUGCAAGAGUCGAUUGGCCACUGCGCGUUCGCGACGGGGAGCAAGUGUAUGAAGAAGGUCAUUCAGGAGUAUUUCGAGCACGGGGUUGUGCCGGAGAAUGGCAAGGUGUGCAAGCCGGACUGCGAUCCGUGGGAUGGGGAUGAUUGCUUGCCGUCGACGAAGGGGAUGAGGGUGGCGGGGUUGGGGCCGCCUCACGAGAUGUCCUUUGCAUGA